AUGGCCUUCCUCUUUAAAACAACGCGUCGACUCCAACUCCUAAAUCGCACUUUCCAUACAACCACUACUACCAUGGCUCCACCAAUUAAACUCCACACUGCUGGAACACCCAAUGGCAAAAAAAUAUCAGUGUUCCUCGAAGAGCUCAAGGCUGCCUACAACACAGACAUCUACGAAUACCAAAAAAUCGACAUGUCCAAGACCGAACAGAAGGAGCCCUGGUAUAUCGCGUUGAACCCGAAUGGCCGUAUUCCAACGAUUGUCGACCGCGCCAACGACGACUUUGUGGUGUUUGAGACAGGCGCGAUUUUGCUGUACUUACAAGAGAAAUACGAUCCGGACAACAAAUUCGGCUUUAGUGGGUCCAAGGAGAAGAGCGAGGUGCUUCAGUGGCUGUUCUGGGCCAACGCGGGACUGGGUCCGAUGAUGGGGCAGGCCGGCCACUUCCUUUCAGCUUCAGAGCAGAUUCCCUACGCCCAAAAGCGCUACAUUGACGAGACCAAGCGGUUGUUUGGCGUUCUCCAGAUUCGGUUGAAGGACCGCGAAUGGCUGGUUGGGGACAAGUAUAGUAUUGCGGACAUCAACGCGUACACGUGGGUUUCUGGACAUGCUUGGCUCAAGAUCGAGUCGUUGGAUGAGUGGCCUGACUUCAAGAAAUGGGUCGAGCGCAUCAAGGCGAGGGAGGCAGUCAAGAAGGGAACUACGAUUCCUUGA